AUGGUCGAGAAAGGAACAUCAAAGAAAACUAGGGUUUUUGAUUCUAGCGACACUGAUGAUGAACCUAUUAUGUUUUUAAACCAAAAACCUCUAAAAAUGAUUGUUCUAGUUAACAUUCCAACAAAUCAAUCAAAGAGUGAUUCCAUAAAGAAGAAAGCAUCUGAGAAGGUUAAUACCUCCAUAAAGGAACCAUAUGUGCAUGUUCAUGAAAUUGUUGAAACUGUGAAUAGUUAUGUGAAAGAUGAUUAUAAUACCAUUGGAAAAAUCAUUGAUCAUGAUGCAACCACUCUUGAGAAAUAUCAUGUGAAACCAUAUGUUAAGUCACAUAGGAAUGAUAAUCCUGAAAAUAAAGAGCCUAAGGUUCCAAGUGGAAGGAAUGAAACAGAUGAUGAGGAUGAUGACAUUCUUAUUUCCAACAUAAUGAUGAGGAUUAUUGAGAGUUCUACCAAGCCUCAAGAGAAAACUGUAGCUAAAGAAGUGGAGAAUAUUGAUGAAGAAACUGAGUUUGAUGAAGCACCUGUUGUUAAAGUAAUAAAAAGCAUAAUUAGUAUUAUGGACGAUGAGGUGAAUAAGAAAAAGAAAUAUGUUUCUCCCAAAACCUUCAAGAAGAAUACUGAAAUAAUGAAGAAGAAAUUUCCUCAAUAG